UGAAGGACUAUGGUCUUUACUAUGUGAGAAAGAACCAAAAAAUACAACUCUACAAGAUAUGGAAUCUUAUUACGACAUUUUAAAAACUUCACGAGCUCAUUUAAAAGCAGAUGGGAAAACUAAAACCUCAAAGUUUCAUAAAUGGACGAAUGUUGUAAAACCUCUAUACGAUAGAAUGAAAAAUGAGGAAAAGCAAUUAAACGAAGAAAUAGAUAAAAUUAAUAACUCAAGAACUCCUAGAUUAAGUUUAGCACAAAUUACCGAUCAUUUAUCUAGAUCUAACACUAAACCAAACAGUUCUAUGACUACAGAUCCAAAGAAUGAAAAAAUGUUUAAUUUUACUGCAACCCCAAAGGUUAAGAGAGGUUCUGGUUUAUAUAAAGAUGUAAUACCUCAAACACAAUUAGUUUAUUAUGACGAUCCGAAUGAACUAGUAACUAGAUUAAAUCUUCUAACAUCAUCACAAAAUGUUGGUAAUACUGGUGUCAAUAAUGAAAUUAUAUCAAUUUUAGAAGAAUUACACGAGAGAAAUAAGUAGUAUAUAUUUGUAUGUUCUGAGCACCUUUUGACUACGGAGAUUUCAAAAUUUUAAGGGAGACUUUUCCCCUCAAACUUUUUUUUCUCCG